AGUGGGCCUCCGUCCGUUGGCAAAAAGCUUCCCCCACGCCCCUCCGUACAGAAGACCCCGUUGCCUGGAGGGAGGAUGUGAUUGGAAGAGGUGGAGGCUGAGGAGGAGGAAGGAGAGGAAGAGGAAGAGGAAGGCUUGGAGAAGUCGGUAAUGCGAAUAGUUGAAAAUGGCUUCAAGAGGGACAAUUGAAACCAGCAAGUUGAAACAGAACUUGGAAGAGCAGCUGGAUAGAUUGAUGCAGCAACUGCAAGAUCUGGAGGAGUGCCGAGAGGAACUAGACACAGAUGAAUAUGAAGAAACCAAGAAGGAAACCCUCGAACAGCUGAGUGAGUUCAAUGAUUCCUUGAAGAAGAUUAUGUCUGGAAACAUGACCCUGGUAGAUGAACUCAGUGGGAUGCAGCUGGCCAUACAAGCAGCCAUCAGCCAGGCUUUCAAAACCCCAGAAGUCAUCCGGAUGUUUGCCAAAAAACAGCCUGGGCAGUUGAGAACAAGAUUGGGUGAGAUGGACAGAGAUCUGAUUGUUGGAAAGCUAGGACGGGACCUUUACACCCUGCAGAAAGUGGAAAUCCUCACUGCACUCCGCAAGCUUGGGGAGAAGCUGACGCCCGAUGAUGAGACCUUCCUUUCAACAAAUGCUGGAGCUGCUCUUAGCCAGUUUGAGAAGGUCUCCAAUGACCUUGGGUCAGGAGACAAAGUUUUCGCUCUGGCAAGUUUUGAGGUAGAAAAAUCCAAGCAAUGAAGGCUUUUUCUCAAUUUGUGGCCAAUUUCUGUCUGUUGCAGCCAGCUACGUUGGCCUCUCAUUUUUUUAAAAAAAUGUUGUAUUUGUGCGUUUCUUACAGACUUUUUUUGGUAAUGUUCUUUCUCUUAAAGCUAACCGAAAGCAAAAAAAAUAAAGUACACUUCAGGAACUCAGCAAUGUAAGGGUCUGAAGCUGAAACACUAAGUGGUACUCUUCAAAAAAGGAAAACAAAUCUAAUGAUAACUGUCAUUUUUUUAAUAUAGGCAAAUGGGUACGAGUUGCUUUUUGUCUUUGAAAUGUGCAUUUUUUUCUAGUAAAAUUUUCUUUCUUUC